AUGAACAACAUAUAUUCCGUAGAUAUACAAUUCAACUUGUUUAUUUCAACUUUGGAAAGUUGGUGGACCAAUCCAUUCAAUGACAUGGGAUACAGUCAACCACAAUUGCCAACAACCAUUGGGAAUUUUCAAAUAAUUGUAGAUGAUGAAUCGAUAGUUGAAUUUUUCGUCCCAACAAUAAUUGAUUUUAACAAACGUUUGAUUUUGGCAUGCCUUUAUAUCUAUUACAAAUAUUCCGUCAAUAAAAAACACACAUUGUACAAUAUUUAUAAUCAUAUCACCGUAGUAAUGUGCAUAAUAAGGCAUCGUUUUAUUAACAAAUCAGGAACUAAAAAAGUACUAUUACAGUUAACAGAAGAAAAUUACCUAACAAAAAAUAUUAAAAACGAAUAUCAGGGAAAAUUAUCAAUUAUUGAAGAAAUCACAAAACACAAAGAUGAAGGCAUUAUAAAUGAAAUUUUAAUCAUAACAGAAGAAGUGUACAUGAAAACAGCAAUAUUUUAUAAUCUUCCAACGACAGUAUUUUCGAAAUAUAUUCAAAAAUGUACAGGACCAGUCAAUAGGGAACUAAUUUUCGAAAAAUUUCAAAAAAAAAUCAAUUUCAUCAAAAAAUUUUUAAUUUAUAUAACAGACAUCCAUCAAACAACCUUCGAUACUAUACACAGAACUUAUAAUAAUGAAACAGAAAUUUACAAGAAAGAAUUACAAAACCUCUUAGCCACACUUCCAAAAAUAACAAAAGACUCAACAUUGACAGCACAAGAAAUCAAAGAACUAAUAGCAAAACAUCACUCUCAGAAUCCAACAAAUUAUUUCCAAAAAUCAAACUUAUCACCAUCAACAUUAAAAUCAUUUUCAUCUUCAAAAUUACAAUUUUAUCGAGUUUGA